AUGGCAUCAGACGAGCCACCAAAUCCCAUGGCCGAGUCCGGGGUCACAAUCCCGUCCGACAGCGAGCACUACUCCGGGUCUUCCCCGCCUUCGUCGUCGUCCCCGGCCGUCAUUCUCUACAAGCCGCCUACCAUCUGGUCCCUUCUCCGCGGCGCCGCAAUCAACCUGUUGCUUCCCUUCAUCAACGGGAUGAUGAUGGGGUGGGGCGAGCUCUUCGCUCACGAGACUGCGUUCAGGCUGGGGUGGGCAAACACACGGGUAAUCCAGAAACCUUCAAGUCGGGCCUUGUCGCAACAAUUCGGCACAGCAUUGCGCGGCAAGACCGAGACUGCCUCGAGGAGGACAAACCGCCCGUUGGUUCUCGCUGCAGCCACACAACCCCUCGUUGCCCCCUUCCGACAAGCCCGCUAUGCCUCGACCCAGCCCGCCGCUGCUCUACCCGCCGCCGCCUCCGCCGCUGCGUCCGACGCGCCCGCCAAUGCCGCGGCGCUUGCCGACGUAACGGCGACGCCCGUAAGUCUAACAGGGAGCGAUCUCCUCGACAUACCCGAACAGAUCGGCUUCCUCAAGACACUGGGGCUAGACUACGGCUGGGGCCCGACGUCGCUGAUGCAGAUGCUGCUUGAGUCGACCUAUGUCUACACCGGCCUGCCGUGGUGGGCGUCCAUCGCCAUCGUGGCCGUCGGCAUCAGGGCGGUCCUUGCCAAGCCCACACUGGACGCUUCGGAAAACGCGCAGAAGCUGCAGCAGCUGCUGCGGGACCCGCGCUACAACGAGGCGAAAACUGCCAUGAUGGCGAGCUGGGCUGGGGGCAACCAUAUGGCCGCUGUCGAUGCGCGAGUGAGAUUGCAGCGCAUGAACAGGGAAGUGGGUUACAAGGGCUGGAAGAGUUUGGCUCCUUUGAUUCAGCUUCCGCUUGGUAUCGGCAUGUUUCGCCUCCUCAGUGGCAUGGCGGCGCUGCCGGUGCCAUCAUUCGAGAAGGGUGGUUUUCUGUGGCUUACUGACUUGACCGUUGCGGACCCGUACUUCAUAUUGCCCAUCAUGACAGGCCUUGUUCUGACUAGUUCUUUGAGGAUUAAUCUCCCCUACAUGCCCGCUCAGCAACAAAAGGUGAUGAAGAUUAUGGCUGUUGUCAUGCCGCCCAUCUCCACGGCGGUUUCGGUCUUCCUGCCUGCCGGCACACAGUUCUACUUCUUCGUGACCACGGCUCUGCAUUAUUUCCAGACGUUCCUUACACAUCAGAACUGGUUCCGGCGUUGGUUUGGUCUGACGCCAUUACCCGUCCCAGUCAAAUCCGGACAGGUUGGAGCGGCGACUUGGGAAGCGCCCCGCGUCUUGGAUGUGCAAGCACCGAGGGUCAAGGUCCAGCAACCAAACGGGCCAAAGGCUGAGAGUUUGUACCAGACCUUCACAUCCACGGUUGAUAUAGCCAAGGAGAAGAUGAACAGCUAUGUUGAUAAGAAAUCCGGGAAGCGCAACGACGCGGUGGCUCAAGAAUACGAGGAGAGGCGUGCUCUAGAAGAGAAGGAGAAGCUCAUAGCUCGUCUACAGGGAAAGAAGCGGGCAAGGGACGAUGGGAGUCAAUGA